UCUUAAUUUAAGGUUGGGCAUAAGGUUAGCAGUGUGGUUAAGUUUAAAAUCAGAGUUUAAGAAGAUGAAUUGUAGAAAUAGGCGGGCAAGCUUGCUAAGCAAAAACAAAUGUACUGGACUUCCGCAUUUGGAUUCGUCACAACCACAAAGUUGCUCAACUGUUGCUCAGAUCAUCAAGUGCUGCAUUUGAAGACACUGCCACCUGCUGACAUGUGCCUCAAAUGUGAUGAUCAAAGAGUCCUCUACAGCCAUUUCAGUUAGAUAGCUAGAUAGAUUUUAUUUGACAGUUAUAAAUUACGACCAGGGGGAGAUACCACCAGUCCAGUCCCAUACAAGCCUUUCCUGUGACGUAUUAUGCGCGCCCAUAAAACUGUGACCUAUUGUGACGUAACCAAGCAUAAAUUCACUACAUAAACUGUGUUCAGCUUUGAUAUCAUCAGUACAAUCGCUUUCUUCAGUAAGGUUGUUUCAGGUGCAUAGUCUGCCCUAGCUGACACUGUGCAGAGAAUAAAUACUACGAUUGGAAACGGUUGGAUAGACCCGUCCUUGGAGUUUAGAACGUCUGAAAGCAAGAUGAAUCAUAAUGAUGAGAGAAUCAAAAGAGCUUUAAGGCGCCGCCCUUAUGUGUUGAAUCCAGUGAGGGUGAACACCCCUGAUUCUGUGAUGUGGCCAACCGGCAAAGUGCGCAGAAGGCCAAGGCCUUCUACUUCAGUGCAGACCCCUCAGAUCCACAAAAGGCCUCCAAUCAUUGUGAGCUGUGGGCAGGAACAGACAUCUGGGGAUGGAUGGGACAUCAAUCCAGAGCCUCUUAGCCAGUCUGGAAGGGUGACUCGGCUGAUGGAUAGAAAUGAUGAUGGGGUGAUCUCAUCCUCCAACUCUGAUGACAUCUCUAUCUACUCCUUCACUGACUGUGAAUCUGAGUCUGAUGAUGAGGAUCAUGAAAGGAGGACACCACCGCUGAAAGUGAAGGAUGAGGAGGAUGGAAAGGUGACAAGGCUUAAAGUGAGGGAUAUGGUAGAGGACGACGAUCUUUCUCUCCACUCCUUCGAUGAGUCAGACUUUCUGCGUGAUAAUGGCAAUGAUGCCUCUGCUGAGGACAGUCCAGGGCCUUCAAAGGAACCACUGAGAAAAGGGGCUUCACUGAAGGACCCUCGACUGAUUAUUGUGGCCAAACCCAACAUCCCUGUCAUUGUUGCUCCGCCUGCUGUGGAGUACUUACCAUACCACCACAGCCCUCGCCUGGCCCCAAUCACCAACCUGAGCGAGAACGGUAGGAAGCUGCUCCAGAAAAUGGCAGGAGUGGCCCCACAGGUGAGAGGAAAUACAGAAAGCCCUUGCCUGGCCCCCAUCACCAAUACAGGAAGCCCUCGCCUGGCCCCCAUCACCAACCUGAGUGAGAACAGCAGGAAGCUGCUCCAGGAAACGGCGCAGAAAAUGGCAGGAGUGUACCCACAGGAAGGGAAGGUCAAAAGGAAAAAGGGCAAGGCAAAAAAGCGAGUGAAGCAAGAGCAGGCUAGUAACAUGAAGCAGGUGGAAAAUGUUGGAGAAAGUAAGGAGGACAAGAAAGAGGAAAAGAAGAGUCUGAGGAAAGGUUUCUCCAGUGGCUGCUGCCCAAACUGAGAUGUUUGAAUAAAUAAUGGCCAUCUACUACUACAACACACACACACACAGAUUUUGAGUAUUGCUUACUCCUCCAAUACACACAGAAACUUAAUUUCAGACACAGGAACUAUGUUUAG